AUAUGGAUAUGAAAACAAAUUCUCCUUCCGUGUUUUCCUAAACACGGGAUCUGAAAUAAUUAAUUUUAACUAUGUUUUCUUUAUUAAUACGAGGCUAUGUACAUAGGUAAAUAAUUCUUAUUCUUAAUUUAUCAAAAAUAUUUUUUUCCAAUUUUGUAGUAAUAGGUUGCAUUGAUGGAAGUCAUAUAAUUAUCCUCCGGCCAACAGAAAACGAAAAUAUGUUUUUUAACCGGAAAGGAAGACAUAGCAUUAAUGCCAUGAUUAUCUGCGACGAAAAAACAAAGAUCAUGGCUAUUAAUGCAAGAUAUGGUGGUAGUGCACAUGACCGUUUUGUGUGGCGCCAAAGUGAAGAAAGGCUGGCAUUGGAAAGAGAGCACUUAUCAAAUAUCACCUCACAUGGCUGCUAAGAGACAGUGGCUAUCCCCUAGAACCUUUCCUUUUGACACCCUACAGAAACGCCAGUGAAAAUUCUCCAGAAAUGAUUUUCAACUCAGUUCAUUCUCAAGCCAGAUGCAUCGUAGAACGAUAUAUUGGUCGCUUAAAAAGAUUGUGUAACUAUUUACAGAUGACAUUUUAAAAAUACUUAUUUUGUUUCGUGCAGGUCGAUGGCGCAUCAUCUUAGAAGAAAGAAAGUGCCGAUGCAAACCUAUAAGAGUUGUGGAAAUAGCAAACGUAUGUUCUGCAUUGCACAAUAUAUGCUGUACCCACAAUGUUCCCCAUCCUGAAAUUAAUGUAUCUACCUAAUACUUCUCGAAACCAUGGAUUUGAAAUUCCACCAACAGGAGAAUGUUUUUCCAGAGAUGCUAAAAGAAUCCGUGAUGCUAUAAGAGACAAUUUGUACGUAAUGCAGUCGUGUCGUUUUUAAAUCGGUAUUGCGUAGCUUAAACGCCAGACUCCUCGUCGCUAUUAAGUUCCAAAUGCUAUCCACUUAAACAGCUGACAUUUUGACACAGACAUUUUAAUUAAUUUAAUUUUGUUUUUGUUAUUUUGUGAAAUUUUUGUUUACAAAUACAAAUUCUUAAAAGAAUGUAUAGUGUGGCCAGCUAUUUUUCAUGGAGCAGCAGUGAGGACGACGAGCAGCAAGAGGAAAAACGAAUAAAGAAAGAUUUAGUUUUGCAGAGACGAUGGAUUCGAUCCACAGCUAACCCAAUGGAUUUGCCUAAUUCAAAGUAUAAAAUGUAUUUCCGACUCAAUAAAGAAGCCUUUCUAUAUAUUUUAAACUUGAUUGAAAGUAAUUUUCCUGAGAGACGUUCUGUCUCAGUACCAACUAUUUUAAAAUUAGCGGCCACCUUAAGGUUUCUUGCUGAGGGAGGUUACCAAAAAGGCGUUGGGAAUGAUUUUAAUUUGGGACUAGCACAGCCUACAUUUAGCAUCAUUCUUAAGGAAGUGAUAAAUUUUCUUGAGGAAUAUCUGUGCCCAUUAUGGAUAAAGAUGGAACUCUCUGAGGAAGAAAAAAUUGAAGCUAAAUUACACUUUUUCCAGCAGGCUGGAAUUCCUGGUAUUAUUGGCGCAGUCGAUGGGACCCAUAUCAAAAUUUUGGCACCGAAAAAAGCAGAUCAACAUAUGUACUACAACAGAAAAGGAUAUUUUAGUCUUAACGUUAUGCUAGUUUGUGAUCAUCGGAUGCGCAUAAGAUACGCAGAUGCAAGACAUGCUGGAGCAAGUCAUGACUCACUGGUUUGGAACUCAAGUGAGCUAAGGGGUACUUUGCAAAGGAAAUAUGACGGGGGAGAAAGAAGUAAAUGGCUACUGGGUGAUGCGGGGUACCCUCUGGAGCCAUUCCUCAUUACUCCUUUUAGGUCACCAGAAGUAGGUAGCAGGCAAAGUCUUUUCAACACCAAACACUCAAAAACGAGAAAUAUCAUCGAAAGAUCGAUAGGAGUGUUGAAAAAUCGAUUCCGCUGUCUCCUCGCUGCAUGACAAUUACGCUAUUCUCCGCAAAAAGCAACGCAGAUUGUGAACACCUGUGC